AUGACUGACCCACUCUGCCCUCGAUGUCAGUCUCUCGAUCUCUCCGUUGCAAAAUUCCGCAUCGAGAACACCAGAGCUGGAGAAGAGAACUGUUUUCCUCCUUUGAUCGAAUUCGCCCCUAGUCAUUAUGUUCUUGGAACAAUGGCUCAGAUCAGGCUCAAGUCAUGCGAGGCCUAUAUAAUAUUGGCAGCACCCUCCAAGUACGACAAAUCAGAUGUUGACUACCCUGGUCUCUUGAAUGAUGAGACGCAAUUCCUCGGAAGGCGCAUCGGGUCCAAUCACAACAAAAGAAACCUCAUCCGAGAGUUCCUUCGCCUCUGCGAGAGGUUCCAUGACGACCGGUGUACAAGGAAGCUGGGCAUUGAGGACCCCUUUCAGGAGACAUUGAAUGAGCCAUACUUUGGUGUCAUAGACAUUGAGAAUGAGAAUCUAGUACCCUUACCUUUCAGUCAAUCAGGUCGCCUUCUUUGUUUUGAACCAUACGCCACAGUUAGUUACGUCUGGGGAACCAAGCACAGCCGCCAGCAUGCCACCCGGAUCAGCACCAUCCAGAGCCGACGCAAAUCGGGUGGCCUCUCUGCUGUUAUCAGGGAGCUUCCCAAGGCUCUCCGGGAAAGCAUCGAUUUGGUUCGUGGGCUAGGCAUCAGAUACAUGUGGAUUGAUGCUCUGUGUAUUGUGCAGGACAGCAGCCACUCUUGGAACCUGAACGCUCGAGCAAUGCACUUGAUCUACGGCAAUUCAACCAUCACUAUAUGUGCAGCAGAUGGAGAGGAUGCAAGCACUGGUCUCUUGGCCCUUGACAACAAUCACAGACCGCCCCAGAUGAUUGUAAACUACGAUGAAGGGGUUUGCCUCAUCCUACAUUGGCCAUCCGAGACCAGCAUCAAAACUACUCGGUGGAAUCAGCGCGCAUGGACAUUCCAGGAACGACUGCUCUCAAAGAGAUGCCUGAUUUUCACAGAGGGAAGGAUUUUCUUUCAGUGCCGGUCCACUGGUAUGUCUGAGGACGUGUUUUCGGACAAGGAUGGCAAGGGUUGGUCACUUGAUCUCGUCCGGGCACCCCUCCAGCUGCUGUCCCAGCUCAAGGUCCGAGCAUUUUGGUUCUACGCCCACUGUGUCACUCUUUAUACAGCACGGGAACUAUAUGAACCUUUCGAUAUUCUGGCUGCGUUUGGUGGUAUGUGUAGGCUCAUGGAGAAUACCAUGCAAGCUCCAUUCGUCUUCGGCCUUCCCACGUCUCAUUUCGAUCUCGCCAUUCUUUGGCAACCGGUAGCCAAGUCAGAGCGACUCAACAGGGCAACAGUCUCAGAUGACCCUAAAUACAAGGACAUGAGAUUUCCUAGCUGGUCUUGGUGCGGUUGGAAUCACCAGGGUGCCACAUAUGACUGGGAGAUGGUUGGUGGAUGCUUCGCCGAUGUCCGCACUUGGAUUUUGAACCACACUUGGAUUGAUUGGUAUAUUCGAGACGGCUACGGCACCCUACGCCGUGUCUGGGAUCGUCGCUACGCGAAGGAAGACGAAAGCGACGAUGGCCGGUGGAGAGGCUACAAGAUUACGGAAGCAUCAAAUCAAGAACACAAAGCCUCCGAUGACAAGCACAACGGCGAGACUACAACAACCAAGGAUAGGGAUGAGAAGAUGACAAACAGAUAUCUACCGCGGGCUCCAAAACGAAUCUGCAUGGAUUUGCAGGACAUAGUUUCGUCAUUGACGUCAGCGAAUCGCCAAACAGCAAAUACUUUACACACACCAACGUGUAGGGAAGGAGCAGCAGGGCUUAUCUCUACACCCCCUCUUUUUCCAUCAGAGGCCGACGCAUUUGGUCGGCCAUACAUCGGGAGAUCGACAAGAUCCUUUGUAAUGAAAGAGUUCACAUUGACACUUCCGGAGGACCCGUUCAAUGUUCUCACCAGAGAAACAAGCCAAGGAUCCAUUUCUUCUCGCUCAGUUGAGGAAUUUCCAGACCAACCCUUCUUACAAUUCUUCACUUGGAGAGCAAAGUUCCACGUCACGAGCCUUGCCGAAAGCCAGUACGCACCUGAGCAACCUCUGAAAGAAGGACGAGAGGCUGAAGGGGAGGGACCGCUCUGCCGUUGUGACAUCAUUGACCGCCGCGGGGACAAGUGCGGUUCAGUGGUUGUCGAUACCAAGUGGCUUAGAGGAAAAGAAAAAGUCCACGAGACGCUGUUCGAGUUCAUUGCCAUUUCUGAUGCCAAACAGUUUACCGAGAAGGAGUUUCCUGAUUGGACAUACUACAUUCCUAAGGAAAGGAUUGAGUCUGAGUGGGAUCUAUACUAUGUCUUGUUGGUCGAGUCGAUUCCGGAAGAGGGUAUUUAUCGUCGAGUUGCGUUGGGCAAGGUAUUCAAGGCAGCAUUCACCCACUCGAAGAAUGAGUGGAAGGAGAUCAUCUUGGGCUGA